ACAGCUGCCACACCUCUCUCAACAUGCCGGAAUCACCCACAAUAGAUUUUGUACCGGCCACUGCUGAAGACUAUGAAGAGCUGAUGUCUAUCUCAAGUGGUAUAUACAAAGGAGUGGACUAUCUGCCUUACAGUUACCAUGCAUGGCUGAAGGAUCGUCAAAGAGGCAUGUAUAUGGCCAAGAUUGAGGGAAAAAUCGUGGGCUUUGAGUCUUUCUUACUGGUUGAUAGCGGUGAGACAGCUGUGGUGCAAAGUCUUCGUGUGGCCCCCUGGAUGAGAGGAAAAGGUUUAGCCAGGAUAUUUAUAAAGUUUCUCUUUGACAAAAUUCAUUCUGACCACCCGCAAGUGAAAAGAAUCCGCUUUGCCCAUGAAGAGGACCCUCUGCCGAGCAUGCUGAAGAAGUACAAAGUGAUCACCUCUAAGGCUGUGGUGUCUAUGAUCCUUCCCUCUGACCAGAUUGAGGAGGCCAUAAGACUGUUGGAGGCUCGUCUGGACAAUGUGGGCCAGUUGAAUAAUUACACCGUUCUGGAACCUGCUGAGGUUCUCAAACUCUUUGAUGGGACAAAGACUUCAGAAGAUCUGCUUCCUGGGGGUCUCCUGAUCCAGGGAUGGCUUCCUAUUACCACCCAAAGGUCCAAUUUGGAGAUGCUUUUUGAAAGGAAAAUCACUUGGAUCUACUCACAACCACAAAAUACAAGCGGCAGUGCAGAGCAACAACAAACUAACCAUGAAGGGAAAAUGAGAAGAGGAUCACCAUCACUAUCACCCUCUUCUGUCAGGUUCCUCAGCCUCGGUACUCCAGCAUACCCAGUACUUUACACAGAUGCCACAUAUCUAUUAGAUAUCGACCUGUUCGGCAUUGACCCGGCAAGUGCUAAGAUUCAUGUUGUACAGCAAUUAAAGUUGUGUAUACAGUCCCUGCCGGCCGGAAACAGUAUAAUCUGCAACGUUUAUGGAGAAGAGAGUCUGCGAGCUGAACUAAGUCAACUGCAGGGGGGUCUGAUGCCAUUCCUUGCAGUAAAUGAACAGAUGGUCUUAGAAAUGGACUUGUAAAGUCAAACUGAAGGCAACUUUUUUGUUUGCCUGGCUUGUCUUUAAUGUCGAUUGGACCCUGGGCAUGCAAUUUUGCUCUCCACCUGCUCUAUGUUUAUGACAUGUUAUGUUUUUAUAUUUAAUAAAACUUUUUGAAUCAUUUAUAGUGUCCUAGUUUUGGCCCUCUUGGGAGAACUUUAUUCUCUCCUUUUUUGUUAUAUGCCACCAAUAGAACCACGUCUUGUGGGUAACCAUGCAGACGAAAGAUAGAUUAGUUAAUUAACUCUUUUUAUUAUGACAACAUUUUCUUUGACGUGGUUAUCGAAU